CGCUGCGCCCAGGAAGCGGAAGUGAGGCUUCCUGUCUGUCAGAGUCAGUGUGUUACACCGCGGUCCUGAAAUCUAGGAAAGUCGUUUUCGCUUCGCUUUCCCUCGCUGUCAAGGGCUUCCCCCUGGAGGGUGGGAGUGCAGAGAGUGAACCGUCGCGAAAUGAGCACGAUGUUCGCAGACACGCUGCUCAUCGUUUUUAUCUCCGUGUGCACGGCUCUGCUUGCCGAAGGUAUAACUUGGGUCCUGGUUUACAGGACAGACAAGUACAAGAGACUGAAGGCAGAAGUGGAAAAACAGAGUAAAAAAUUGGAAAAGAAGAAGGAAACAAUAACAGAGUCAGCUGGUCGACAACAAAAAAAGAAAAUCGAGCGGCAAGAGGAGAAACUGAAGAAUAACAACAGAGAUCUGUCAAUGGUUCGAAUGAAAUCCAUGUUUGCAAUUGGCUUUUGUUUUACUGCCUUAAUGGGAAUGUUUAAUUCCAUAUUUGAUGGCAGAGUGGUGGCAAAGCUCCCUUUCACCCCCCUGUCCUAUAUCCAAGGACUGUCUCACCGAAAUCUGCUUGGGGAUGACACCACAGACUGUUCCUUCAUCUUCCUGUAUAUUCUCUGUACCAUGUCAAUUCGACAGAACAUCCAGAAGAUUCUUGGCCUUGCCCCUUCACGAGCUGCCACCAAGCAGGCAGGUGGAUUUCUUGGCCCUCCACCUCCUUCUGGGAAGUUUUCUUGAAAUCAAGAAGAACCCUAUAUUUCUGUCAUUCUUUUCAGAUAUUCAAAUCAGACCCAGCAACUAUUUUACAGCAAGAGCCAUAGGCAGCCUUAGCACUUGGGCUAAUUUCUAGAUUUGAGUUAUUUUUAGGCUUUUGGGGGGUAUAAUUUGAAUAAGAAUGGUACCUAACAAACGUGAUAGUGCUUUUGGUUACAGAUUAAUUUUUUUUUAAACAAGUGUGUUGAUUAAAUAAGCCCAGGUGAUGUUUAUGUAAUGAGAAACAAAUUCGUAUUUUGCUUACAUUAAUAUUUCUGUGGGGUCAGCUUUCAAGUAUGUGCCGUGUGCCAUGUAUCGUGGAAGUUGGCUCUCCAUGGGCAUUUUGAGAUCUGGAAGAAAAAUUUAGUUUAUAUGACUCUUAAUUGAAACUAUAUAUUGUGUUUUGUUUUGUUUUUUUAAGCCAAAUACAUGACCUGAGAUCUAAUAAAAGAGGCUAGAAUUUUACUUAUUUCAUCUA